AUGUCCUUCGCCUUGGAAAAACAAGUCGCCAUCUCCGCCGUACUGAGGGCAUGCCGACUUACAUCGUCGGUAUUCACCAAGCUCGUCACGGCGGAAACGGUGACCAAGAACGACAAGUCUCCUGUGACGGUGGCGGACUAUGCCGCUCAGGCAGUGAUCAACACCGUCCUUUCCCGAGCGUUCCCAGAGGAUGCCAUCGUGGGGGAAGAAGAUGCUGGGGUGCUGCGUAAUCCAGGAACAGAAGAAAUCGUCCAGCUAAAAGCACACGUCGUAGCACUGGCAAACGAUGCACUCUCCACCCCAGCAAACAGCGACGAACUCCCGGCAUGGAGUCUAGGCAGCCCUCGCACUCCCGAACAACUGCUCGACGCUAUCGACAGGGGCCAGUACGCAGGUGGGCGUACGGGACGUAUGUGGGCUCUGGAUCCGAUAGACGGGACGAAGGGCUUCCUUAGGGGAGGGCAGUACGCUGUCUGCCUUGCGCUGAUCGUGGACUCUGUUGUCCAGCUUGGAGUAAUGGGAUGCCCCAACCUUCCUGUGAACGCCGACAAGCCCGAAGGAGAAAAAGGCUGUUUGUUCGUCGCUGUCCGAGGCGAGGGCGCAACCCAACGUUCAUUCACCUCCCCCACACUUCACAAACUGCUCAUGCCCACCGUUCCCCCCGAGUCAUACCAAGUCCUCGAAUCGCUCGAAGCCGCGCAUUCCUCACACUCCUUCUCCUCCCUCUUCAGUAACAAGCUCCACAUCACCCGCCCUCCGCUGCGCAUGGACAGCCAAGCGAAGUACUGUUCUCUCGCCCGAGGGCAGGGGGCGAUCUACCUCCGUAUGCCGACGGGCGUGGGGUACAGGGAGAAGAUAUGGGAUCACGCGAGUGGGAGCUUGCUCGUACAGGAAGCUGGGGGGCUCGUUACGGAUGGAAGGGGACUGCCGCUGGACUUUGGACUGGGGCGGACGUUGGGAGAAAACUUUGGCAUCAUCGCUGCUAAUAAGGAGAUACACCCUAAGGUUAUAGAGGCGAUCAAGGCUAUCCAGGAAGAGGAGUCGAAAGGGAAGUCUGGUUGACCAGAGUACGAGUAUAUGGUGGGAUCAUGUUGCAGGUAUAGAACAGAUACAAUGUUGUUGUACAAUGAUACCGAGAAUAAGAGAG